CUUUGGUUCAAGAAGACAAAGACAAAUCAUGGAGCCAACAAAGUCCUCAACAUGGUACACUGAUGCUGAAAAGUAUUGGGACUCCAUCCCCGCAACUGUCAAUGGCAUGCUUGGCGGACUGGAGCGGCUUGCACAGCCUGAUGCUGCGAUGUCCCUGCGCUUUCUCUCCGAGUUUGUGGACCUCUCUGAGUCUAAGGUAGAAAGAUCCAGCACAACAAGUGCAACAGCGUCAUCAUCAUCAUCAAAAUCAACUGUAAAUAAGGCAACCACAAAGCGUGCUAAGCUACCUUUGCCGGGAUCCGGUCCUUCUCAUGUUCUGGAUUGUGGAGCCGGCAUUGGACGAGUGACCAAAAUGGUAUUAAGUAAAGCGUUCGAUCAUGUGGAUCUAGUCGAGAAUUGUGCGGCAUUCGUGAAGCAGGCCAAAGAAGAAUACCUGAAGCCGGAAAUAGAAGCCGGAAAAGUCGGUGAGGUCCGGUGCUCUGGCCUUCAGAAUCUUCAUUUUGAAAGUACUAGCUGGGAGGGACGCUUUGAUGUGAUCUGGUGCCAGUGGGUUUUGGGACAUUUGACAGAUGAUGAUUUGAUCGCGUUUUUUAACCGGUGCAAGAAAGGUCUCAAACCUGGCGGUAUGAUCUUUGUCAAGGAAAACAAUGCUAAAGUCGGGAUUGUGAUUGAUGAAGAAGACAGUAGUAUGACCCGGUCUAACCAAGUUUGGAAUGAGAUAUUUAUAAAGUCUGGGCUUAGACUCUUAAAAGAUGAAGUGCAGAAAGGCUUUCCUCCGGGAUUGUUUGCAGUGAGGAUGUAUGCAUUGGAGCCUAUUGAGUAG